GGGCUCAACUUCCUCAGCCUGCAGAGCAGCAGGUUGGCUGCUCUGAAUCAUGCUGCAUUGCUCUGCUGCAACCACACAAACACACAGGAGAGAUUUUUAAGAGCAGACGUCAGUUGGUUUGACCCAAAAACCACCCUCAGAGGAGUUACUGACACUGAUGCCACUGGACCGAUGUCAGCAUCUGGAGUAAAAUCUGAGUGCGCAGUGAAGAGUUUUUCUUGCCAUUUAACCUGCAGUUAAGGAGUGUCGCCCUCUUUGCGAAGUCUGCUUCCUCCACGUGGAAUAGGCAUCAGACAGCAGCUGCUGCUUCAGUCAACACUGCCAGUACAGUGUCCAUUAAAUCCUGUUCUGACUCUCAUCCUGUGUGAGUGAGGAGGUCACCAUGGCAACUGUGCCACAGGGGAUUGUGGGAAAGCCAAGAUUUGGCCCUAGUGACUGUCUGAUCGCAAUGUUCAGGGACUGCUCCAGAGAUCCAACCGAGGCAAUUCAAACAAGACUGAGAUGCAUGCUGCACGUUUUCCUGCAAUAUUACAGGGACAAUGAGGGAAAUGAGAAGACCAAAGAGCUGGCAGCAAAGUGCUGCUGUGAAGCAGGGCUCUGGUAUCACAGGAUCUUGGAGAACCUCAUCAGUCAAGAGAGGAAAAGGCUGGGCGUCAGUGACAUCUCAGGCAUCUUGGAGAACGAUCUUUUCCAGCGCUGUCUUGUGGCCUGUUGCUUGGAGAUUGCCAUAACCUCAAACUGUUUCCCAUGUGAUUUCCCGCUGCUCCUUCAGAUCCUCAAACUGGCAUCAUACCACUUCUGGAAGGUGAUCGAGCCUGUUUUGCGUAUCGGGUCAGGCCUGCCUCGUGCUGUGGUCACACACCUCAUCCAAGUGGAAGAAAAGGUUUUGGAGAGCUUGGCCUGGACCAGCAACUCACCACUGUGGGAUGAAAUCACACCCAACCAGGACCAUAUACCCACCUGCCAACAGGUAAUGCUUCCGAAUAGGCUCGAAGAUCCAAUACAGCCUGAUCCAGAUGUGCCGAGAGUGGAUGUCAGUUUGGGGGUGAACCGCUCUGCCCACACAGACCAGCGGCGUUCCCCUUCACCUAUGAACAGACACAAGAGAAGUGGCUCCCUCCAUCUGUUCAUUCGGAAGGUUUACAGCUUGAUGGCCGAGCGUCUGAGGGAGCUGUGUGCCACACUGGGCAUCUCUGACGAGCUGCGAUUAAAGAUCUGGACCUGCUUCGAGUAUUCCCUGGUCCACUGCUCUUUUCUAAUGGUAGACCAUCACCUGGACCAGCUGCUCAUGUGUGCCAUCUACAUCAUAGCUAAGAUUACCAAGAUGGAGAUUCCCUUCAAGCAGAUAAUGAAAUGCUACAAGUCACAGCCACGUGCCAACAAAAGUGUCUGCAGAAAUGUGCUGAUUUCAGAAAGGAUCGAGGAAAAUUCUGCCAUUAAAAUGAACAAUAACGGAAACCACAGCAGUCCCAUCCUGACCCCCAACACACCAUCAACACAUUAUCCAAGACCUGGUCAGGAGGAGCGGGGCAAUCUCAUCUAUUUUUACAACCAGGUCUACACGACAAAGAUGCAGCACUUUGCCAAACAGUUUGCCCAAACCUCAUUAGGAGACACUCCUCCUCUGUCUCCAUAUCCUCGACAGUGGAAAGCAGCUCCUCGCCGUUAUCAGCUGUCCAACAGCCCGUCCAUCUCCAUUUCACCAUACAACACAGAGAUCACUUCCCCUCACAGAUCUGGACUCUGCUACUACUUCAACUCAAGCCCCCCAGAGCUUCUACGUGAGAUCAACAACAUGAUCAAGACAGGAAGGUCACCAAACACACGAUGCUGUGUAGUAUCACUAGACACAGAUGUGGAUGAGGAGGGAGAAAACUGCUCCUCAGCCAAGAGGCCUCGUUUGGAUGGUCAGUCAGCCUGGCAAAGACGACUGAGGAAUGUGUUCAAUGAUCGCAUCACAAAAACGAACCAGGACCAGGUCUAGCUCUUUUCCAGUUAAUAAGCCUCACCUGCGCGAGAGUUAGAAGAAUAGCACACGUUUGCUUUUGCUCAAAUUCUCUGUCAGCUCAAAGUGCUGUUGUUUUGAACUAUUUGUUGACACCAAGAGUCAUAUGUGGAGGUCUGUGAAUAAGCCACUUUACUCUCAGCACAAUGGUUAGUGCUAGAAGGCUAUGGUCAUCCUUGGUUGCUCCCUGGUGGAAGUAUCCUUCACAGUAUUGUGUGAAUUUAAAGAAAGGCAUGGCUGCACUGAGCUUUUCGUAGAUAAAUAGACGGUUAGACUGAGACGGGACAUUAGCACCUGAACUUUAGAUUAGUUGCUUAUUAGUUAGCUAGCUAAGUUUGCCUGCCUCAUUCAGUGUCCACAGCGACAAGCGUGUAAAAUAAUAUGAAAUAUUAAAGACAUUGGUAGAAAUUGGUAGGAAAAUUGGCUUUUUCAAUUAUUUAUUUACCAAAAAUCAAUCGAGUUAACAUUAUUUUGUAAUCAUUCUGUCAAACAGUAAGAAUAUUCUUGGCCUCUGAAGCUAAUGUAAGUGGAAAAAAUGGUGGUUUACUCAUUUUGCAUAAUUAGUCUACAUUUAUAUAACUAUAGGUCUUGCUGAUCACUCAAACCACUUUACAUGUUACAUAAUAACAACAUGGUACUUUGCAUGUUACAUAUUUGUCAAUUUUUGGUCUGAAAUUUGCUUUCUGAAAAUUUUGACCCCCAAAUAAACUUUUUCAGCUCCACUUUUGGUGGAUUUCCUAGUGGGCUUAGCACCAUCGUCCUGCUGAAAGAUCCCGGGUUCAACUUCAAUUUAAGGACAUUAUCUUCGAACCCUCUUUGAUCUUAUGCUCAGUUCAUAGUUGUAUUAAUGACUGCAAAUUACCCAGUCCCUGAGCAAUCCCAUAACCAUAACAUAUCCACCCCAGUGCUUCACAAUUGAUAUAAAGGUCCUCUCCUUAACAACUGUCUUUGAUCUGUGCCACACAUCUACUGUUAACUGUGGCUGAACAACUCCAUCUUCGAUGUGCCUUCAGAAACCUUGGUCUUUGCCUCCUUCUUAACUGACGAACUAUAGCUUUGCUCAAACCUUUCACAGAUAAAAAAAAAGGCUUUUUCGGACAGUUAUCUUAUGCAGGUCAAUUUUUUGGACUCUUUAACAGCUGUAAGAGUUAACCUUUGAUGAAGGUUUUGGGUCUUUGGAGACUUCUUUCAGCAUUUGUAUGCCUUUGUGGAGGCACCCAGUCCUGGACAAUUUGGCAGCUAUUUGAAAGUUUUUUUAGAUUAUUUAUCCUGGAAUGAUUUAUUUUAAAUUAAUACCUGAAAGAUUCUAAUAAUUGGCACUUAAUUUGAAGCGCCUGAUUCUUAUUCUGUGUCUUUUAGUAUGUGAUAAAUGUGAAGGUGUGCUCAUUUUUUUCCAUUAGACUGACCUGUUUUAUAUAUUUGAUUUACCUUUGGACUGUACACACAACAACUGUCUAUGACCUGCAUGAAUAGUACAGUUUUGAUUGAUUACAUUCUGAUUGAAUAUCGGUGAUACCAGGGGUUUGGUGCAAGCCACUCUGAAGUCAUUUUAAAUAGUUUUUACAUUUAACAUAGUUGAAAACUACUGAGGAUAAGCUAAAGUAAGACUUUUGCAAACAUGAAAAAUGAAAAGUGCUGUUACAGCAGCAGAAACUCAUGCUGGUCAAAAUAAAUGUAGAAGUUAAAACAAAUUCUGUCUCAAUAAAUCUUUAAAAAUCCUGUCAGCAGUUUCUGCCACUGUUUCUUGCAGACUGAGUAUCACAGCUGAUUCAACAGAACAUCAAUCAAAAACUGCACAAUGAUUUUAUUAAAGCCUCUUUCCAAACAGA